GUGUGUGCGUGCCGCUGGGCGAGUCUCCUCGGCGUCUGUCUCCGUAGUUGCUUUUUUUUUCAGAGAAAAGGAGAAGAGAAUUAGCUCUGGGAGAAGGGCCGUCGCCAUUAUUGGGAAGCUGGGGGAAAAAACGCUUUCACACACGCCAUCUCUUGUUAAAUUGAUAAGGACGUUACCAAUUUGUUGCAUUAGGGCUGUUUAGAAGAAACAUUGUACAGGAAGUGCAGCAAACUCGACCGGUGUCCCGUGCAUGAUCGAUCCAGUAUGAUGUUGCCACAACAAUGGGCAUAAUAAUUCGUCAAAAGCAACGUGGUGAAGCAAGGAGAAGACGGCGAAACAAGCUUUUAUACGCCUUUCAUUUUUAACAAGGAGAGAAAAAGAAAAAUGUUUUUACCUUUGUAGCUUUAUUAUCACAAAAAAGACAAACAGAUCAAUGGAUUAGAAAACCAUCGAGAUGUAGAUUUACAAUUAAUAUGUAAGCAAACAAUAAUAACCUACUUAGUUCUGUCUGGGAAUCAGAAGAGCCACGUUAUUUUUGUUUCUUAUGUACAUGCAUAUCAUGCGGACAGGGCUGCGGCAAGCGCUGGCCUGACGGAUGCAGGGAGAAUGCGAUGGGUCAUAGCUACAUUAGGAUUGACUGAGAGAAGCCUCUGUCUUUGCUACACCCCUGCACUGUUGUUGAUAGAACAUGUAGCACACUAGAGGAAACGGCAACUAAACUUCAUCCCCAGUGCCACUUUAUGGACACACGUCCAAGUGUACUCUCUGAUCGAGUGCCUGAUUAUGGCAGGAUGAGUGUCAGCUGAUGAUAAUGAUGGCGAAAAAGCAAGAUGUUAAGUCACCCACAUACAACCUUAUUGUGGUGGGUUUGUCAGGAACUGAGAAAGAGAAGGGCCAGUGUGGCGUGGGUAAGUCCUGUCUGUGCAACCGCUUUGUGCGCCCCAGCGCCGAUGACUUCUAUCUGGACCACACGUCAGUGCUGAGCACCAGUGACUUUGGGGGUAGAGUGGUUAACAAUGACCAUUUCCUGUUCUGGGGGGAGGUGGGGCGGGUGGUGGAGGAGGGGCCGGAGUGCAGGAUGCAUGUGGUGGAGCAGACAGAGUUCAUUGAUGACCAGACGUUCCAGCCACACCGCAGCACUGCCAUGCAGCCCUACAUCAAGAGGGCGGCCUCCACCAAGCUGGCCUCUGCAGAGAAGCUGAUGUACUUCUGCACGGACCAGCUGGGGCUGGAGCAGGACUUUGAGCAGAAGCAGAUGCCCGAGGGCAAGUUACAGGCUGAUGGGUUUGUGCUCUGUAUGGACGUCAGUAGGGGGAUGAACCGCAACUUUGACGACCAGUUGAAGUUUGUCACAAACCUUUACGGUCAUCUGAGCAAAACAAAGAAGCCCAUUGUGCUGGUCUUAACCAAGUGUGAUGAGGGGGUUGAACGCUACAUCAAAGAUUCUCACACCUUUGCCAUCACUAAAAAGAGUCUUCCUGUAGUGGAGACAUCUGCACGCUCUAACAUCAAUGUUGACCUAGCCUUCCUUACUUUGGUGCAACUCAUUGAUAAGAGCAGGGGCAAGCCCAAGAUCAUUCCUUACUUUGAGGCCCUCAAGCUUCAGAGUCAGCAGAUAGCCUUGGCUAAAGACCGAUACGAAUGGCUAGUCAACCGCAUAGUGAAGAACCACAACGAGACCUGGCUUAACACCAGCAGACGCAUGCACACCUCUUCAGAGUUCAAUGAAUACGUCUUUCUGGAGGGUACAGCAAAAUGCAAGAAGCUCUUCCAGCAGCUUGUGUACCGUCUGAAACAGGAGCACAUUGAGAGACGUCGGAAAAUCUAUCUGAGCACUCUUCCUCUAGCACUUAGCUCCCUGGUGCCUGACCUGGAUGAGAUCGACCAGCUGAGCUGGUCUGGGGUUCAGAAGGUCCUGGAGUCCAAGCAGCACUUUGCCCACUGGUUUGUAGUUCUGGAGGACUCUCCAUGGGAGGACACGUCUCACAUAGACAACAUGGAGGAUGAGCGCAUCCCCUCAGACCUGCUGGAAACGUUACCAGCCGAGGACAUUUUCGACGCCCACCUGGAGCACCUGAGGAAUGAGUGCAAGCGGGCUGAGAUGAGGCAGGAGUUCAAGCACAAGUUGGCCUGUUCUCCCUUUGUCACGCCUGGCAAGCCCUGGGAAGAGGCCCGCAGCUUCAUCAUGAAUGAAGACUUCUACCAAUGGUUGGAGGAAUCAGAGUACCUGGACCUCUACAACCGCCACCAGAAAGAGAUCAUCGGCCACGCUAAAGAGGACUUCCAGGAGCUUCUGCUGGAGUAUUCAGAGCUCUUCUAUGAGCUGGAGGUGGAUGCAAAGCCCAGCAAGGAGAAGAUGGGGGCUAUCCAGGAGAUUUUAGGGGAGGAGCAGCGGUUUAAAGCUCUGCAGAAGCUUCCAGCUGAGAGAGAUGCUCUGGUAUUGAAGCAUAUUCACUUUGUCUACCACCCCACCAAGGAGACCUGUCCCAGCAGCCCACAGUGUGGAGACUUCAGAAUAGAGCAGCUCCUGGCCUCACGCUUCCCAACAUGCUACCCAUUCUUCAACGUGAAGUCUUAUUUUGGGGAUAUUAAAGCGGACCGCAUCAACCUUGUGAUAUUGGGCAAAGACGGACUGGCUAGGGAGUUUGCCAAUGAGAUCAGAGCUCUCUGUACCAAUGACGACCGGUAUGUGUUGGAUGGGAAGAUGUAUGAGCUCACCCUGCGACCUAUCGAGGGCAAUGUACGACUUCCUGUUAACUCCUUCCACACUCCCACCUUCACACCCCAUGGGUGCCUGUGUCUGUACAACUCAAAAGAGUCCCUAACCUACGUCGUAGAAAGCAUUGAAAGGUUGCGGGAGUCAACAAUCGGUAGAAGGGACAGCCAUAUAGCUCAGCUUUUAACAUCUCUGCUUUUGGUUACUAAAAGGGGUGUAGGGACCUAUGCAGAUAUUGGGGGAGAAACUGCUUUAGGUCUGAUAACACAGGGACAGCAGGUAGCAAGGAGAUUGCAGUGUAGCUUCCUCGACCCAGCCUCACCUGGUGUGGGCUAUGGGCACAAUGUGAAUGAGAGUCAGAUCAACCAAGUAUUGAGAGGUCUUCUGGACUCUAGAAGGAGCUCAUCUUUCAGUAGCAGCUCCCCACCUCUGCCCCCUCAAACUCCAGGUCCCAGAGACUCUCCUCACCAGCCCAGCCCAGAGGCAGACAUCCGCAUCGUCAUGUGCUUGAUGUGUGGAGACAACUAUGACGUGGAACAGCUCCUCUCUCCUUUCCUACUGCCUCAGCACUGCAGGCCAACAUCCAACAGUGGCACCUCGGUGAUACUGGAGCAGACAGUGGGACCUCACAAACAGGUGAUUGAGCUCUCUCUCCUUUCCUACCACGCCUCCUUCUCCCUGAGGAAGAGCAGAUUAGUGCAUGGCUACAUCGCUGUGUACUCAGCCCGCCGCAAGGCCUCUCUGGAGACCCUGUGUGCCUUCCUAUGUGAGGUCCAGGACAUCAUUCCUGUUCAGCUGCUGGCUGUGGGGGAGAGUCAGGUGGAGCUCACAGAAAGUGAGUCUGCCAGAGAGCAGCUGGUCCAGGGAGAGGAGCUGGCCCAAGAGAUAGAGGGCAGGUUCAACAGUGUGGUGUGUGGAUCAGGAGGGGUGGUGGGUGGCCUGCACAGGAUGGAGAUGUUUCAUCCCUUCCUGAUGGAGGUGGUGGAGAAACGCAACAUCGUGGAGGCCACUCACAUGUAUGAUAACGUGGCUGAGGCCUGCAUUAACGAGACUGCCUACUCCCCUCGCUGUAGCUCACCCAGCACUGGCACUAUGUUCCUAGACUCUGACAUGGAUGACGUGGAGCCCUCCCCACCUUACUACGACGGCACACUCACCUCCCAUGGUGGGAGCCUCAACCUGCCUGACCUGGACUCCAGCGAUGUCUCUGUCAUCUCUGACAUCAGCUCCUUUGAGAACAAGCUCAAUAGCAAAGCCCCGCCCCAGGUGAGACCCAAGCCCUCUGUGACCUUUGACUUCCGGAAGGUGGGCAGAAACCCCUACAACACAGACACCAUGGGUCACCGUCGCUCCCUGCCCUCCGCUGUGACAUGGGUGCCAGGUGGGGACGGAGGUUACGACCCCUCGGACUAUGCAGAGCCCAUGGAUGCUGUGUCCAAGCCCCGGCCCAGCAACGAGGAGAUCAUCUACUCUGUGCCCCAUGACAGCACGCAGGGCAAGAUUAUUACCAUCCGCAAUGCCAAUCGGAUGCACGCCAACGGGAACGGCUCAGACAGUGAGGCGGACAGCAGCUCCCUGGAGCGCCGCAGGAAGUUCUCUGCGGCGGGGGUGAAGCCACGGCUCUACCGCGACCGAUCUAAACGCCUGGGCAAGUUCAGCAGCUUCCGCACCAGCUUCAUUGGCAGCGAAGACGAGAUGGGGGCUCUGCCAAAAACCAAGGAGGAUGAUUUCGGAACCCUGAAAGGAGACAUCAUCAAUGAGGAGGGAGAGGACCCCAAGAAGAGAAACAUUCUGAAGAGCCUGCGGCGAACUGCCAAGAAAACCAGACCAAAGCCUCGGUCCUCUAUUCCCAAGCCCCUGGAGAGCAGCUACUUCGGGGUGCCCCUGAUCAACGUGGUGUCCCCAGACAGACCUAUCCCACUCUUCAUUGACAAGUGUGUCCGCUUUAUUGAGACCACAGGUCUCAACACAGAGGGGCUCUACAGGGUGAGCGGGAACAAGUGUGAGAUGGAGAGUAUGCAGAGGCAGUUUGACCAGGACCAUGGGCUGGACCUGGUGGAGAAGGACUUUGCCAUCAACACGGUGGCUGGGGCUCUGAAGGCCUUUUUCUCUGAGCUGCCAGAGCCCCUGGUGCCCUGCAUCCUGCAGGUGGAGCUGCUUGAGGCCUUCAAGAUCAACGACAGGGAACAGAGGCUGUACACCAUGAAGGAUGUACUGAGGAGGUUCCCCAGGGAGAACUAUGACGUCUUCAGAUUUGUCAUGAGCCACUUACACAAGGUGAGCCAGCUGAGCAGACAGAACCUGAUGACCAGUGAGAAUCUGUCCAUCUGUUUCUGGCCCACUCUGAUGCGGCCAGACUUCACCACCAUGGACGCCCUGACGGCCACGCGGACCUACCAGACAAUCAUCGAGACCUUCAUCCACCAGUGUGCUUUCUUCUUCUACAACCAGCCCCUCCUGGACUCCCCCACUGGUCUGGCUGGCCUCCGUGCCUCCCCCACCACCACCCACACCGGGGGCUCUGCCUAUUCCUGCUACCACUCCUCCCCUCCCCCCACCGCCACGCACUUCAGCCCCCUGCAGCAGUCGCCCCCCACCACCCCCCAGUCUCCCCUGCAGUCCCUCCUGACCCCCCUCCACCAACACCCCCACCAUACCCCCACCGAGCAAGAGACACUGUGAGAGACACUGAGAAGGGAACAGAUGCUGCACCCCUGAUCUGAUGCUGCUGCACCCCUGAUCUGAUGCUGCUGCACCCCUGAUCUAAUGCUGCUGCACCCAUGAUCUGAUGAUGCUGGACCUUAGUCACUUACACACACACACACACACACACACCAAAACAUACAUACUGAUAGUACAUUGUUCGGUCGUCGAUAAUAACAUGUUAACAGAGAGAGGAGACGAUUAGUGUUUGACAAAUAAACUUGCCACUUGUGAACAGCAUCCUGCUGCCCCGUCCCUGUCACCUGUGUGCCAAUGCAGAUCACCAUGCUGACCCGUCCCUGUCACCUGUGUGCCAAUGCAGAUCACCAUGCUGACCCGUCCCUGUCACCUGUGUGCCAAUGCAGAUCACCAUGCUGACCCGUCCACUCCACCCCCUAUAGCCCCUGAUAACCUGACUACCUACGACUCACUCACAGGGGGGCUGGGGUCAGAACAGAGUGGGUGUCAUUGUUACAGUAAGCAUCUCUCUGCCAACCAACCGUUCUUACCCUAACAAUACACUAUGAUUUUUUUUAAAGUCCAAGCCUCCAUGUCAAGCUGGAAGAUAUGAUUUGUGCCCAUCACCAUGUUUUUAUUUGUGAAUAAUAGUUUUUAAAUGUUCUGUUUGUUAAUGAAAGUAGCCACUGGAUGUAUGGACUGUGCCUCUCUCAGGGCUGUAGUUGGUAACGUACACACAGCCGUGAGGGGAGCCUCCCUGUCUGCCUGUAGGGCCCCUGCUAGGGGGUUGUGGUGGGGACAUCCAGGGAUGCACUUUAAUGGUCAGAACGUUGUAGGGGGUUUGUUUUUAAAAGGGGUUUGUUAGGUCAGAAUGUUUUAGUGUGUUGAGUUCACAGCUCAAGGAACCAUACCCAUUGCCUCUCAUAAGGGUCCUUUGCAGAUCAAAACGUUGUUUACAUCCAAACCCUUGUUUUUGUAUCCUCAUACUUAUCUGAAGCACUUUUAAAUUGUAGUGUUAAGUUCCAUGAAAUGCAACCUUGAUCAAUUGACUAGUUUGUUUUAAUGUCCGGGUGGGCGUGGCAGUACUAAAGAGACUCGUUAACACGAUCCUGUUAUUAUAUGUGUUCUUUUCGAGGAUUCAGGGCUCACUUUAUAACCCCAUGGAAAACCCAACCAUUAAUAUUGGUUUGAUAUUCCUUUUAGCCAUGUUCUAAAUAGUUCUGAGCAUGCAGGUUUGAAUAGCCUGGAGUUUCCCCUCUUUUUAGGACUGAUGUUGCUUUACUGAUGUUUUGACUAAGGAAGUCACCUGGUUUAGGUGGUAGUGUUUAAGAAAGUGAGUUUGAGCCAGGGUCAGUUAAUCAGACCCUUUAGGAUCCAGGAGAGGAAUGCUCUUGGUUGAGAUGUCAGAUCCACUCCAUAAGUUAGGGAUUCAUGAUUAAAUUGGCCACAUUGAUGAUUGAUUAUGGGGAAUGAUUGACAGUAACAUCAGACAGUAGCAUGACAUGGGCGAGGUUAGUCAUACUGGGGGUGGCAGGUAGCCUCGAGCUGACAAGGUACAAAUCUGUCGUUCUGCCCAUGAACAAGGCAGUUAACCCACUGUUCCUAGGCUGUCAUUGAAAAUAAGAAUUUGUUCUUAAAUAAAUGAAGGUAAAAUAAAUCAAAAUACCAGGCCAGGCCUCUACGCGUACUGUGUCUGUUCCACUGUGCUAUCUGGUGGCCAUGGAAACCACUGCCCUAUUGCAAAAUGAUAGGUUGCUGGAUAUGUUGCUGUGGGUAUCUAGCCAAUUGAGCUCUUUGUACUCAUCUAAUAUUAAGGACCUUAAACUGAGGCAAGGUGUGCAUACAGAAAACACUGCCACUGCAAUUAACUACAGUACAGUAAUAACAGUAUAGUAUAUCCUAUAGAGAUGGAGCACGUGUGUCUGGACUCAUGCUCAGGAAUGUCAACAAAGCAAGAGUAACUACUGUAGCUCCAGUAUACUAUGGGGUUUAUGUUGGUGUUUAACUGUCCUCUCUCUUGUAGAAAACAAACAUGCAGUCAAUGUAAAGUAGUUGAAUGAAUACUCCUACUAUAUUCUGGAUUCUUCUAUCAGAUGAAUGUUGCCCCAUGAGAGGAGUGCCACUGGCAUCUUCUGGGGAUGAUGGAGGAUUGGCCAGGAGGCAUGGCUGUACUCAAUGUCAGCCAUCUUGGAUGUUGCUCAUGCUGCCAGUUCAGAACAGAUCAGUCAAAGCUAUUGGUUGUAAUGAGGGUCAACUAAUUAAUACUUGGGAUCACUCUCUGGUACUUAUCUUUGGGGUUUUCCUGCUGUGGGAGGCAGUUAUCUCUGAUUGAUGGACUAACGCUGCAGUGUCUCCUCACCCAGUCCAGGGCAGUGCAGUACAGUAUUACCAGACACACAAAAGAUCAGAUGGGAGAUGGAUAGGAAAACAAACUGUCCCAGUAGAAUGUGUCUUUGGCUCAGAGGACUUAUUUGGCUGCAUCACUUCAUUUUCUACACAACUCUGACAGAUCUGCUGGGAAAUGGGAGAGAAAAAGAAGAGAUUCUACUAUAGUAAAAUGGUUGUUUAUUUGUAUGUUAGGGGGUCUAACACUUUGCCCUUUAGUCAAUGGUAGAAAACAUUUUUUUGUGUGUAUUUCAAUGAUUGAAAGUAAAUUUUUACAAUUUUGUGAAUGGUUUAAGGCCACUUCAGUUUAGUGCAUGAUUUAAGAACACACCAAGGGAGAAGGUUCAACCAUUUUCAUUAUUUUAAAACAUGAAAUUAGUGUGAGAACAAUGAAAGUGAAAUACAGUAGCUUAAAACAAGUGAAAGAUGAAGUACUGUGCAUCUACAGCAAACCAUGUAAUUUGUCUGACUGAGAAUGGUGUAAUGAAGAUGAAGGCCUUAUGUGAUCUGUAUCAUAGUUAAUAAAUUAAAUAUCCUAAAAUUG